CCUCCACUCACUUUCUUUCACAGCUACUCAAGAUGGCGGCAGCUUCCUCCAUCCAGCCGCCGAGCGUUCACUCUUUAAACCAUGAAAAUGCACCUUUCCUGGAUUCUGACCGCCUGGAGAUCCGUCAGGAUGAGGACGCCUGUUCCGAGGGGACCAGUCUCCGAGACUUACCCGAUUUGGAACCGGAGGAAAUUGAGAAGAGGCUGGAGAAAACUCGCCACGAGCUGAGCAACAGGAGGAAAAUCCUAAUUAAAAACCUGCCACAAGAUACAACCAACCAGGAGGUCCAUGAGAUUCUGAGAGAGUACGAGCUCAAGUACUGCUUUGUGGACCGCAACAAAGGGACAGCGUUUGUGACCCUGCUGAACGGUGACCAGGCUCAGGGUGCCAUCCGCUCCCUCCACCAGAGCAACAUGCGUGGCCGAGACAUCACGGUGCAGCUCCAACCCACCGACUCCCUGCUGUGCCUCACCAACCUGCCCCACACCUUCACCGCCCAGCAGCUGGAGGAGCUGGUCCGUUCCUACGGAAACAUCGAGCGCUGCUUCCUGGUCUACAGCGAGCUCACCGGACACUCCAAGGGCUACGGCUUCGUGGAGUACAUGAAGAAGGACUCGGCGUCGCGGGCGCGGUCGGAGCUGCUGGGGCGACCGCAGGGGGACCGCGCGGUCAUGGUCCAGUGGACAGACGUGAACCAGCUGACCGCGGGUCACCACCUCCACUCUAAGUGCCUCUGUGUGGACCGGCUGCCCCAGGAGUACGAGUCGGAGGAGCUGAACCUGCUGUUCUCGGACCGCUACAAGCCUGUCUUCUGCCAGCUGGCCCAGGAUGAGGGCAGCCCGGUGCGUGGCUUCGGGGUGGUGGAGUAUGAGAGUGCAGAGCAGGCGGAGGCCAUACUGAUAGAGAUGGACAAAACACUGGUGGGAGGACAGGAGAUCCGUCUGUCUCUCUGCACCCCCGGAACCUCAGGCAGGAGCACAUUGGCCGCACUCAUAGCUGCUCAGGGCGUGAUGUUGAGUAGUAAGAAGGGCUUACUGCCGGAGCCCAACCUGGCCCAGCUACUGAACAGCAUGACCAACCCAGCAGCCCUACAGGUCCUCAUGAGGCCCUACCACACUGGGAAACGAGGAGGGAAGUUUGGGCGGCACCCCAGCCUUUCUCCGUUCCUCAGACCCCCCCUCACAGCAGCCCUGCUACAACUGGGGAAGGUACAGCAGAGCGCCAUGUUGGGGAACGGGCUGGUGCUGCAGAACCUCCUGCACAUGCAGCUGGCCCAGCAGCAGCUCCUACACAUCAAAGACAAGCACAUCAGCAAUGUAUCCAGUCUGCUGGGUGACCCUUCUCGUCUACUCCUACAGAAAGCCCUGGGUCUCAGACCUCCAGCCCACAUGGCCCUGGGCAAAGGUCUGCUGGGUGACUCCCCCAUCGAGUUGGGUCAGGAGUCCCUGCCAGCAUCCAGUCAGGCCACGGUGUCGGCAGUGGGUAUGAUGCCCUACCUGCAGGCGCGGGCACACCUGGGUAUAGCCGGGGGAGGGGAGCUGAACGGGGCCUGCAUCUCCACCGCAGCCUCUGACAGGCAGCCAGCGCCUCCUGGGACCACGAUGCACGCUCAGCCCCAGGGACAGAGCUACUCAUUGGGAAUGAGCAGCCCGGGGCUGGGCCCCCCUCCACCCAAAGCCCCAGGGGCCCACCAGCUCGGCCUAUACAGCCAUAGUAGCACUGACAGCAGUGCAGCUAGUGGAGCUCCCAGCUGUCACAUCUCUCUUCUGGGUGAACCUCCUAAAGAGAUGAAGCUACCCUCCAACCCCUACCUGAAUCUAGCUAGUGUGUUACCUGGCAUGGUAAUGCAAGCCCCGGCGGCCGGUAAAGCGCAGGCAGGACAGCCUCUGGCUGGGAUGUACAGCAGUGCUAUGCCCCCUGUCUCCCAACCCUCCACCUCUCACGCUCCACCACCCUACAGCUCAGAUACCUCUGCAGACUACAGCCAUUACAGCCAGGCAUACUCACAGGAGGCCAUUCAGCAGUGGUACCAGCACUACCAAGCACAAGCCCAGAGCUACAGCACCGCCCCCCAGGAGAGCCAAGCUGUGGACUACGCCAAGGAGCACACACAGCAGCAGCAGGCGGCGGCGGUGGCAGCACCGCCCUAUGGGGAUUACAGCUCCUACAUGCAGGCUGUCAGUCAGUACUAUUCUCAGCCUCCUGUGACCCAGCCACCUCCCCAGGCUUACCAGAACAGAGACCCUACCAAGGAGGCUGACGUGUGUAAGCCGCUGGGUGUGUCUCUACAUGCGGUCAGUAACAGCGGUGCCCAGUCGGUGCUGCCAGCCUACAGCUCCAUCCCUAUGAUGCCAGGCUUCAUGGCCGUGCCACCUCCCUCUACACACACACACACCCCCAGCCCUGUCCCACACACUCAGAGUGCCCACGCCCAAGCGGCCAGCGAAUGGAACCAGUAUUACUAUAAUCAGGCUCGGGGGCAGAAGCGGGAGUACCCUCACUUGGCGGUGCAGAAUAUGACAUCAGAGGGCGUGUAUGUGGGGCAGCACUCCCAGGGGCUGGGGGGGCAGUACGCUGACUACUUCAAGAAGAAGAGGAUCUAGAGAUGACCUAUGACCCCCGGCCUCCCUCUCUCUGACCUCCUGCACCCUAACUCCUAACCCCUACAGUACAUACACACAGUCUCGGGUUUAGUGUUGUACGACGUUGGUAAACACACACACCGUUAUGUCGCUUUUGUCCUUUUUCAAGCCUUAAUUCUGAACUAUUACUCUCUUCUCAGUUGAUGUGUAAAUGUUUAUUGACUAAUAAUCUGUACAUGGUUUGUAAUGUAUAUAUGAGCUGCUUUUGUAUUUUAUGGCCAAUCAGUCAGUCUGCCAGUCUGCCUUGUUGAAGGCCAGUCACUGUGUAGUCGGGUUUCUCUCUCUCUCUGUUUCUAUCUUUCUGUGUACUUUUUCUUCAAAUGGGGGAAACUGUACAGCGUUGCACACAGAGUUGCUUUGAUGCCUUCCUGUAACUGACGUGUUCUUCUCUUCCUCGGUGUCUUUCUCUUAUUCUGACUGCCUCAGUGUCUCUUUUUAUCUCUCUUCGCGGAGACCUUGACUUGGCGCGCGCGCGUGUGCGUGCGUAUUUGUUGUGCCGUGCUGUAAGCGUAGGAGUGAUCAGCCAUUCCCAGGGUACAAGGCGGCGGGGCUACCCUGGAAACUCAGAGACACAGGAAGGAGAACAUCCAAUCACUGCUCUUAACCUUUAACAAUGGACACUAACCCUAACGUAGCAGGUGUAAAAGAAACGGCUGAAACUAGAUCCUCAACAUCCUGGUCUUGACGAGAAGAAGGGAAAAAAACUGUCGGGGGAGGUUCUCUUCUGCACUGUUCAACCAAUCCAGUAAAUGUGGAGGAGGAGUUAAGGUGGGGUGUUUCUCAGGUGUCGCCUUGUUAACAUGCAAAAGUGGAACUCCCGGCUCUCUUUCCACUUCCCCUGAAAACCGGAACAUCCGUUUUGUUGGGGACUCGGCCGAUGCUAAUGGACACUUACAAAGGCUGGGCUGGUCUACUAGCAAAUCAAUGGACACCUAAACUCAGUAUCUUAUAGCCAUUAGAAUAGUCACCGAGUGGACACUUCUUUGUGCCCAUAUAGCUAUGUAUUAUAACUUGCUUGUGGGUGGACACUUCCUAGGCCUUCUUAUGGCCCUGUGUUUGUGAUCGCUACAGGUUUGAAACCUUCCUGUUUAUAAUGGCUGUUGUUUUCUGUAGGGGCCAUGGAAGAGUGGCUCAGUCACUAAACGCAAUAAGGUACGCAGGAGGUCUCCCCAGGUUUUCCCAGGUUCUUCUCUUUUCCAGCUGUUUUUUUGUUGUUUUUAAUGCGGUGGACUUUUCAGGACGGGAAGGGCUCUGGAGACACAAAUAAACCAACCGACACUUUAAUACCGCUUCAUAAGCUGCCAUUAGAAAUGAACCAGAAAACAGAACGAUUCAGGAGAGUAGCCAUGUUGAAUUAUCUCAGAGAUGUUGUGGACUCCAGGGUUGGAGUCAAUUCUAUUUUGAGUCAGUCAAUUCAGGAAUUAAAAAUCCAGAAGUUUAUGUAAUAAUAAUAAAUCAGCAAUUUUCAUCAAGCAAUGAAUCUAAUUUCAAUUCAUCCCCUUAAGAUUCAUGUGGUACAGUGCAAGUGAAAAGGCCCCGAACCCAAUCCUGGUGAUCUGACAGAGUGGGUGCUAGGGGUAUGAAGGCCCCAGGAAAGGGCAUGGAUGAGGGCUAAGUGUUGGCACAGGUAUUCAGCCUGAGACCCAGGCAAUAACAACAACUACUGCACUAACAAAUAUCACAAUGCCAACAUGAGGGCAUUACCUCUCUGUGUAGUCUGCUAUAAUAAAUCUAAUCUGCCAGUCUCUUGAUUUCUCUCUUUUCACCUUUCUUCCUGUCCUUUUCUCUCUUUCUCUGCUACCUACCCUCUAAUCUGUCUGUUUUCAUCCUCCACUCUUGACUUGAAGAGGCUGCGUUCUCCUGUGUCACGUGACUUGAUUUGAAGCGCUGAUGUGUUUUAGUGCUGUCAUAUAUCCUCAUGCUCUCAACGGGCGAAGCAUCUCGAAAUGGUAUUAGUGUGUGACUGUACAUUAUUUAAACCCUUUCAAUGCUGUUACACUGGCUUAGAGCCACAUUUUUAUUUUCACUGUGUGUGUGCACGUGCGUGUCUGUGUGAACUGCCCAGUAGAACUUGGUGUUUCCAGCCAGCUGAUUGCUCUCUCCCACCAAGCAAUGCUUAGAAGUGUGUGUGUGUAGCUUCUUUAUUUCUGUGUGUGUGUGUGUGUGUGUGUGUGCGUGAGAGAGACCAUAGGAGUCCGUCUCUCUGUCAGUGGCUGUAAAAGGCAGACCCAGGCAGUAAAUAAUGUCUGUCUGCCACGUAUUCAGGCACUUUAGGCCAGUCUGUUGUUUUUAAUAGUGUUUUGGUGAUUGUAUUAGCUUUUCUCUGCAGUCUCCCCCCACUCUGUAAUUACCGCGUGUGCCACAGUGCUAUGCAGAGCUCUGUGUGUGAGAGUGAUUUUGACCUGCACAUUUCCCCCCCUUUGCCUAUAGCAGGUCCAUAGGUUUUUAUAGUUAUUCAGUCUAGUCUAGUCUGUGCUUUUUGUGUGUGUGUGUGUCUGGAUGAGUGUGUGUGCGUUAAUAACCUGCUUUUGGCAGGUAUGAGGGGAACAGACAACAGCGAGGGAGAGAAAGAGAGGAGAGAGGGACAGAGAGGGAAAAACAGCUCCUGCUGCUAGCUCAGCCUGCGUUUAUUGGCACUGUCGUUCCAUUUUAAUUCCUCUCUUUCUCUCUGGUCGGUCUCUGGCUGGUGUGUGUGUGUGUGUGUGUGUGUGUCCAGAAUUGAGCUGAGGGCUCCUACGGUAGGCUUCAGGACAGGUCUGUUACCAUUUUAAUAAUAGGGCUGAUAAUCACAGCACAGUUACCUCUGCAGGACAUCUCUCUGUCUGUCUCCUUUAGGAAGUAUUCCUAUAGUCUUGCAUAUACACUGUAUGAUGUGCCAGUUCAAAAGAAAUCCCGGAUUUGAGGGGGGAAAUUAAUAAUCAGCAGUGUAACUGGCCUCAAGGGCCAGAACUGAGCAUUUCUUGUCUUGAGUGCUUUUAGCUUUGCUAGAACUAGAGACCUGACCAGAGGUUGCAGUUAUGGAGUCUCCCAUAUAUAUAUUUAUCUGUUGUGCCUAUCUCUGCAUGUUGCCAACCAGGCGUAUCGUUAUAUUGAUUGUAAACAAGAUUCUUUACCCCUGAACUACUCAGUCAGUGUUGUAGGAGAAACAGUUUAAUUGACCUGUCUGUAGGCACGGCGCAUAGCGGUGACACAAGUGUUGGUACUACACUGGGUGAGCCUGCACCUAGGGUACUGACCCAUAUGAACUGUGUGUGUGUGUGUGUGUGUGUGUGUGACCACAAAGCUUUGCAAUACUGAAGUCUUUUAAGACUGAACAGAACAUUUAAAAAGCUGUAGACAUAGAUUGGGUGUGCUUUUUGCUUUGUACGGUUUUCUUUGAAAGUAUGUGUAUUUUUUCUGACCUAAAAUCUCUACUGUAGAUUUUGCAAUAUUUUAUAUCACAACUACAUUGAUAUUGCUUUACUGUGAAUAACUUAUUUCUAGAAGUAAUUGAAUUUUAGCAUGCAUAUUUACUGCUUUAAUCUAGAAGAAACUCUAGUUAAUAUUGCAUCAGACUUUAGGAAUUUGACACACCGAACAUAUUUUUUUUUUUUGGGGGGGGGUGAUUUUAUUCAUUUAUAUUGUGCAUUUAUUUAUUGUCUUAUUCCUCUGAAAAAUAGAUUUGUUUUCUCUCCUUUAUGAGCAAAAAGAAUUGUCUUUUACAUUCCAGAAUAAACAUACUGAAAAAAAUAAAAAAUGGCUCUCUCAUUCACUGGCUCCCUAUCUGAGAGCACACAUUGUCUGUCCCUAGUUUAAAACCAUAGAAAUAUAAUGGAUAGAACUCACCCCUAUUUCAAUAACCUGUUGAUUGUUUCAAAGUAAAGCAUCUGCUUUACACACAUUACCGAAAACAUUGGAUGCCUCUUCCCGAUAGAAAAAAAAGCUUACGUUCUUAUCAGUAUCACCUUUUCCCAUUGUAACGAGUGCUACUGUUUGUGUCUGUAUACUGUAAAGAUACCUGUAAGUGGAGUAGGCCAUGUUGGAUGGGUCACAUUCAUUUCAUGAAAUAUAUAUGUUCCGCUAAUUUCUAUUUCUGUGGUUUUACCUGUUAACUGGUCUUUAAUCAGACCUUUUUAUAGGCUCUUCUUUCAUGCUGACCACACAGUUGGCGUUACGUGCACGUGCACGAGCAUUGCAAAAUAAAUAUAAUAAUUUCAUCCAAACUGCUCACACGCGUCAACAAGCGUCUAGCCACAAACUCAAAUAGAACUUGGUUCUAUUUGACGCAUGACACGAUGAAAGUCCC